GGCGAAUUCAGAGGACGCCAAUGGCAAAGCCGGGCGCGGGGGCACGACGGGAAGGACAACCAAUAGCGACGCGCCGCUGGGAACAGCACCGCUAUAAAAGCAGCUCCCGCGGCCUCUUCGCUGUCGUCGGUUCUUUUUUUCGUAGUUCGUGUGUGCUGAGAGUCGCGCGUUCGCAGCCAUGCCCGAGCCGGCCAAGUCCGCGCCCGCGCCCAAGAAGGGCUCCAAGAAGGCGGUCACUAAGACGCAGAAGAAGGGCGACAAGAAGCGCAAGAAGAGCCGCAAGGAGAGCUACUCCAUCUACGUGUACAAGGUGCUGAAGCAGGUGCACCCCGACACGGGCAUCUCCUCCAAGGCCAUGGGCAUCAUGAACUCCUUCGUCAACGACAUCUUCGAGCGCAUCGCCGGCGAGGCCUCGCGCCUGGCGCACUACAACAAGCGCUCCACCAUCACGUCGCGGGAGAUCCAGACGGCCGUGCGGCUGCUGCUGCCUGGCGAGCUGGCCAAGCACGCCGUCUCCGAGGGCACCAAGGCUGUCACCAAGUACACCAGCUCCAAGUAAGCUGCCUCUGCAGCCCCCUCGUGCCAGAUCUCCUUGACCCAAAGGCUCUUUUAAGAGCCACCCACCUUUUCAAUAAAAGAGCUGAUACUGGUCUCAUUCUAUGCUAGCCCAAGUUUUUUUCGGGAAAAAAGCAGUAACAGUGAAAU